AUGUCGCGACAACGCCAAUCUUUCGUCCAGCGUUUCGUACCUGACAUCACCCGAAUCUUUGAGUUCCCUAACGCUAGCAUGGCUGUCGCUAAUGGAUCUUUGGAUCCACGCUCUCUCAGCUAUGAAAGCAGUAAUCUUAAUGAGAUUACGCGUCGCCAGAUGAACGAAGACAUCAGCGCUUAUCGCUAUGACUUGGACUUCUGCCGGAAUCAGCUCGCUUCGGCUGAUCUCACCCCUCAGGAAGUAAGAACGCUUCAGAUACGCGUUCUUGACUGUGGCCACAACAUUCGCAGUUGCCAGCAUAGGAUUCAACAACUAGACGCGCAAGUACGUAACGCCGCAGCAGCUGCUGCCUCAGCUACCCCUUCCUUUAAGGCACAGCAGUAUCGCAACUCUGGAGCCACUCCUGGCUCAACCGCCGGAGUCAAGAGACCACGCAUGGUCAAGACAUUAGAUAGUGACGACGAUGAGAAUGGCGAUACCGAUCUGGUCAUGGACUUGACUGGUUCGGGGACUACAUCUUUUCAGCGCCUUGGCUUUUGGAAGUGCCGCCUCUGUACGUCGCAGAAAUUCCUAGAUGCGGGUGCUAACCGUGUACCAAGCGCGCCUUGCAAGUGGCCGCUCAAAGACGUCUCCAAGAUGAUCAACCACUUUCUCGACAUGCACACCGAGCACUCACCCAGUGAGCGCUGCGAGGAGCUUGGCACCGCGCUGGCCUUCAAUAGGGGCCCCUUCGAGUAUUGGCUAGUUCGCACAAGAGCACAGGACUUAGAGGAUCGUAGCAUCAUCGACGAAUUCAUCAAUACUCUUCAGUCUGGCAACAUGCCUGACGCCCUCCGUGGUCUCAGUAGAGCUGCUAGCGCAUUCCCUAAUACCAUUUCAGGGUUUAAAAGAUGAAGCUCCUUCAAGCUAAAAUGCCUAACAAUUGGCAAGAUGUCACGGGAGACAGGAUGACAUGGCCUAGGACAUACUAGGACCAUGUUGAGUCUGGAGAAAAUGUUUUCCAGUUUAGAUCCAAAGACGAAAUUGUCGUUCAUGACACGAUACAUACCUGAGAACCGUGUAUUCUGCGACGAGUCCCAAUCACUCUAGCAUGGCGUUCGGCGUUGCUUACAGAUAGACACUGUUUAGAUUUCGCAAGUUUGCAUGAAAGACCCACGUCAGGACGAUGUCUUUUAGUCAGUUCAAGGAUACAUUCUUUAUUUUGCUGCAAUGACUUAUCAAAAAUUGAUGCGUCUGGCAGAUUCACAGACAUAAUAAUAGUCUUGUUUCUGCUUGAAUACCCAACUUUAUAUGAUAAGUCAGCACAAUGCGAUUCAAGAACCUACCUGGGGCCUGGCCCUUAGUCUAAGCAUAACCGAAUUGCCCAAAGAGGUGUGAAUUCCUGGCUACCGCGCAAUUGAUGGAUAGGAAUAGCAAUAUAUUUUCUGUGGC